AUGGUCAAAAUCGCCGUUGCCGGCCCCGGCCCACUGACACAACUUGGCCUGACGGUAGAGGUCGCCCAUGAAAUCAUAGACGGUCUGGUUGCCACAGGAAAACACGACAUCCUCUUGCUGGCGCGGAAGGAUGCUACCCCUGAGCAGCUCAUCCCGGGUACCACCUGGGUCAAGGUUGACUACGAAGACCGCAAAGGCCUUGUGAAGACUCUCGAAGGGGUGCACACCGUUCUGUCAUUCAUCGCGGCCCAUCUGGACACGGACAACAAGUCCCAGAAGGCGCUGAUCGACGCCGCCAUCGAGGCUGGGGUCAAGCGGAUUGCCCCCAGCGAGUGGGCAGGCUCUGAUCUCACCGAUCUCGAUUGGUACAACAACAAGCUCGAGAUUCGCAAGUACUUGGAGGAGAAGAACAGGGAGAAGAAAGUGAUCGAGUACACCCUCUUCCAGCCCGGCUGGUUCCUCAACUACAUCGUCGGCAGCCGGAAGACGACCAAGCACAUCCCGACCGCUGCGGUGCCCGCCGUUUUGGUCGAUCACGAGCGCCUGCGGGCCCGGGUCGCGGGCGACCCGAACAACAGAAUCAGCUACACGGCGAUCCACGACCUGGUCAACAUCGUGGUGAAGGCGAUCGACUACGAGGGCGAGUGGCCCAGGGUCGGCGGCAUCAACGGCAACACCGUGUCCAUUGCCGAAGAGAUCGCCAUUGGCGAGAAGGUCAGGGGCAAACCGUAUCAGGUCGAAACACUCGACGUCGAGGAGGUCAAGGCGGGUGUUCUGAAGACGUCAUGGCUGCCCACCUUGGACCACUUCCCUGUGUCGGAGGCCGAGAGGGAAGUGUAUGCCAAGCUGUUGCUGCGCGGCAUCCUUCUUAACGUGGCCAACGGGACCGCUCCCGUCUCGGACGAGUGGAACCGCAUCUUUCCUGACUACAAGUUCACCACGGUUGAGGAGAUCUUGACCGAGCAGCUUGGCAAGGCGUGA